UCUUAAUUAUUUUCAAUAAUGGCUCAUUUCAGUAGAGAUGAUGUAAGCAGUUUUGAGUACGUCGAGGCAAUACCCAGGAACGAUAGAACACCUAAGCAACAAAGGAUGUGGCGUUAUAUCGCCAUGGCAGUAGCCGCUGUUGUAGUUAUUGUCGUUGUUGUUGUUGUGGCUGUUGUUGUCACCAAUCAUAAAAAAAAUAAUCAGACCAGCAGCACCGGAAACAACCAGCUUGUGAUUUCGCCUUACUCUAAUAUGCAAGCCAUCGUCACAAACAAUGAUACAUCGCUGCAGCAAAAAGAAAGAAUCUUUGUUAUUGGUGAUGUUCAUGGCUGCGUCAAAGAAUUCAACGAUAUCAUCGCAAAGCUCAAUUAUGAUCCUACCAAAGAUCAAAUUAUCCUGGCUGGUGAUCUAACCUCCAAGGGUCCCGAUAGUGUUGGCGUUAUUAGACGGGCAAAAGAGCUUGGUGUUUUAUGUGUUCGUGGUAAUCACGAUGAUAAGGUUGUCCGUUUAAAAACAUUUGAGAUUGAAAAGGGAAGAAACGCCAUGUACCCAGUAGAUGCCACUAUGCCCGAAGGUGGUGUACCAGAUCCAAUGAAAUUUAAAAAUUAUCAUACUGGUGUUUCCUUUAAUUUCACUCAAUCAGAUUAUGAUUACCUUGCAAGUUGUCCUGUCAUGCUUCACAUGCCCUUUUUGAAUAACACUAUUGUUGUUCAUGGUGGGUUAGAUCCCAACAUUCACUCCUUAGAGAACCAAAUUCCAUAUAUGGUGAUGAAUAUGCGUGAUAUUGACAAAAACAACGUUACCAGUAUUGAUAGCGGAGUUGGCGAGCAAUGGGCUACUGUUUGGAACGCCAAUCAAAAAUUGUUAAACAUGGACAAUACCAUGAUUUAUUACGGCCACGAUUCUAGCAGAGGCUUAAACAUAAAGCAAACCACGUUUGGUCUGGAUACCGGCUGUGUAUACGGUGGCUCACUUACAGCCAUCAAUGUCAAGACACAUGAGCUUACUCAAGUUUCUUGCCAAACCUAUGUCAAAAAGGGCAGCAGUAACGAUGAUUAAAACAUUCUUCAUAAAAAAUUUCUUUAAUGUAGCUUUGUGGUUUAAAUACCAAUUUCUCCUAUACACAUAGAUUGUACUCUUUAUACAUUUUUCGGCAUAUCAACAUCUAAUAACUUUACUAUUUAAUAAAAAUUUUAAAAUGAU